GCGCGCGAGCCGGCGGCGGGGGCGGGCGGCGGGAGGCGGCGGCGGUGGAGCGCGGAGCCUGAGCCCGGCCGGGCCGAGCGCAGCGCAGCGGGCCGGGGAGAGGCUGGCGCGCCCGCGGCCCCGCGAAUCCUCUGUCAUCCGCCCCGGCGGGCCGCCCCGGCGCGGGUGAAGCAUGGAGCUGCGCGUGGGGAAUAAGUACCGCCUGGGCCGAAAGAUCGGCAGCGGGUCCUUUGGAGACAUCUACUUGGGUGCCAACAUUGCUUCUGGUGAGGAAGUAGCCAUCAAGCUCGAAUGUGUGAAAACGAAGCACCCGCAGCUCCACAUCGAGAGCAAGUUCUACAAGAUGAUGCAGGGAGGAGUGGGCAUCCCGUCCAUCAAAUGGUGCGGGGCCGAGGGUGACUACAAUGUGAUGGUCAUGGAGCUGCUGGGGCCCAGUCUCGAGGACCUCUUCAACUUCUGCUCCCGGAAGUUCAGCCUCAAGACGGUGCUGCUGCUGGCCGACCAGAUGAUCAGCCGCAUCGAGUACAUCCACUCCAAGAACUUCAUCCACCGGGACGUGAAGCCGGACAACUUCCUCAUGGGCCUGGGGAAGAAAGGCAACUUGGUCUACAUCAUUGACUUCGGCCUGGCCAAGAAAUACCGUGAUGCCCGCACCCACCAGCAUAUCCCCUACCGGGAAAACAAGAACCUGACUGGCACUGCCCGCUAUGCCUCCAUCAACACUCACCUGGGCAUCGAGCAAAGCCGUCGAGAUGACCUGGAGAGCUUGGGCUACGUGCUCAUGUACUUCAACCUGGGCUCCUUGCCCUGGCAGGGUCUCAAAGCAGCCACCAAACGUCAGAAGUAUGAACGUAUCAGUGAGAAGAAGAUGUCAACGCCCAUUGAGGUCCUCUGCAAAGGCUACCCCUCUGAGUUCUCAACAUACCUCAACUUCUGCCGCUCCCUGCGGUUCGACGACAAGCCUGACUACUCCUACCUGCGCCAGCUCUUCCGCAACCUCUUUCACCGGCAGGGUUUCUCCUACGACUACGUCUUCGACUGGAACAUGCUCAAAUUCAAGGGGGCUUCCUCGAGCCAGGCUCAGCCCCAAGACAGCGAAGCUCUUGCGUCACCCUGCCCCCGUCCUUGGCCUUGCGCUGGGCCCACGUACUCACCCACUUACUCGCCCACUUACUGGUGCCCGGCGCCCCUGGGCACCCAAGGACCCCCAGAUAGGCCGGUGGAGGAGGUGGAGCCACUGCCUCCCCAAAGAUACUGGCCUGUGGUCUGGACUCCAGGGCCCCAGUACUGACACCGCCAGGGGUAUCUCGGUCCAUCUCAGCCAAGCUUGAGGAAACAUCCUGCGGGAUGGUGGGGGUGAUACUCUGUUCCAGAGAGGUGGCUGUUCAGUGGAGAGGGUGUGACAGAAAAGGCCCUGCGUGGGAUUCUCAGGAAUGGACCGACUAGAACAAGCCAGAAGAAGAGACAAUGCCGCUGCCUGGAAGGGGCUUGGUGGCACAUCACAGGACCCUACUCCAUUGAGACCUCGUCAUUGGCCUAUGUAUUGAUUCCGAGAUCAUUAAACACUUCCCUUCCCUUCGUUCUCGUGUGCCUCUCUUUUCAGAGUGGCCCUUGGCCCGUUCCAUGCAGUGUUAAGAAUGAAAUAGGCCUUGUGUUCUGGACACCAAGAUGGGCACAGUGAUUUUGGGCUCCUCUUCUCUCUGGGCCCUAGUCAGUGACCUGGGCCUGUUCUUUAAGGGAAUCUCAUAGGCCAAGGACCUUGGGGAUAAACCUUUUAUCUCUGGGGCUGGAGUGAAAAGUGGAUAGUGGGGCUCCUUCCAGCUCAGAGCAUGUUGGGAGGCAAGGUCAUGGGGCUAGCGCUUCUUAUCACACGGGGUUCAAAGCAUUGGGUUCCAGACACGUGCUACAGAAAAUUAACUGAAUCCAGCUUGGGGAUGGGCUCGUCCCUUCUCAGUGAAGCUUGAAGAAUGGAUUUUGUGUACUCUAGACCAGUGCCGCCCACUCUAGCAGCCUCUGGCCAUGUAGCGCUGACUUUCUCAUUCACUGAAAUAAUUGGAAAUGGACUCUGGCUCCUCAGUCAUCCACCAGAUCGCGCUCAGAAGACCACAAGUGGCUGCUGCUACAUCCAGCGUGGCAAAUGGGAACAUUUGUUAUUCCAGGAGGUUCUGCGGACAGUUGUUGUGGGGCUUCCUCACAGUGCUCCUUGUGUGACUGGCCAGCUGACAAAAAUCUCAAACUUGGCCAGAUGUCCCCUCCCUGCCCCAUUGUUGGUCCCUGAUCUCUCCCUGAAGUCCUCUUGGAGGCAGACACUAGAGUUCAGAGCUGGACAGCCAUUGUCUCUAUCAUGUGUGACCCUGUCACUGCGUGGCCAGCUCCAUUAUCAAGAACAUCUACAGGAGACAUCAGAAGCUUUCACAGCCAUCAACCCAAGACCAGGCCUUCUCACCUGCCCUGCAAUAAGCAAGCCAUCACCAGUACUGGACAGACAGGGCUCAACUGGACAGACAGAGAACAACAGACUGGAAGGAGCCACUUGACCUUAGAAUGACCUUCCUUGUGCCUCCCCAGGGGACUGGAAUUCCAGAGGCUUGGAUCCUGGGAAGUCUCUCUGAGAAAACAGCGGCUGUUCUAGCUGGGAGAAGACACCACACAGCCAAGGACAGACGACUGCACAGUAGAGCCACUGUGUAGAGUCACUCGUGUGACUUUGCCACUGACUUUGUGUUUCCUUGUGGACAAAUAAAGGCCAUGAAAACUC